AUGUACUGGCCCAUAGGUCCUGUCCAACACAGGGACCAGUUUGUGGAGAGGCUGAGGGAGGAAGUAGUGAGUGGAACAGAUGCAAUAAGUGAGGGAAACAAAGCCCACCUUCUCACGCUGCACUGUCUUACUCCUCAAAGUGAUGGCCAGGAUCUCAUCGACUUCAGCUUUACAUCCCUGGUUCCCAGCCACGUACAAUGGUUGUCCCCAGCACAGCAGUGGAGUCUGCCUCCUUCCUUGGAAAAAAGGGUAGCAAGGAUGGAACAAAGGCAGGGCAUCAUUGGGGAUCUCUAUGGGAGGAUUAGCCAGCUGGAGGAUGAGGUAGCAAGGUUGACAGUAAAGGAGAGGGAGUACAAUUAG